AUGCUCGAGACGGCCAGACGCCCGGCGGACGGCGACGUGAUGACGCGUAACAUGGGCGCCGAGCCCGAGCCCGAGCCCAAGGCGGGCCGCGAGCCGCAGCGGCCGCGCAAGAAGCUCUCGUUCCGCGACCCGGAGAUUGUCGGCCGCGACAAGUACCGGCAGGCGCGCGAGCGGCCGGAGCGCGCCGACGGCCGCGCCGACCGGCCCAUCAUCAAGCCCGGCCGGCCCGAGGGCGAGGCGCGCCGCGACGCGGCCGACGCCGCCGGCCACGAGUCGCCGCCGCCGGUCGACGCCGCCGUGUCGCUGGACGUGAUCGCUAACGGUGCCGUCGUGGGCGCCGGCAGUCUGGACGACGUCUCGCUGGAGAGUCAGGCGCUGGAGGUGGUCCGGACCGUGGGCCAGGCGUUCGAAGUGUGCCACAGCCUCGAGACCGGCCUGACGGACCAGACGACUCCGCCCCCGCCGGCGGCGCCGACGCCGCCCGGCCCAGCCCCGGCGCCGGCGCCGGCCGCCGCGCCGCCGCCGGCCGGCCUCGGCCACCCGUCCGACUCGGACAGCGAGCCGAGCAGCACGGACGCCGCCAAGACGCCGGCAGCGCCGACCGACACCUCCUCUGAGCAGCCCAGCGUGGAGACGGUGCCGUUCCCGCUGGCGGCCGAGCCAGCGCCGGAGGCGCGCAAGCCGCCCAAGUCGCCCUCGGAGCGGCCGCGAACCGCCGCCGAGCGCCUGACGCUCGAGUCCUCCCACCGCUGA